CACAGUGGGGUUGUAUUCGUUUAUUGUUAACUAGCAACAGCGAGCAAAGCCUUGUUUUUAUAUUUUAUAACAAAUUGUCGAAACUAACAUUUUACCUAGUUGUCCAGAAGUGUCUUAUCACAGUGUUGGUAUGGCUGCUAUUGCAGAACCAAAGUCAAUGUCUCGUGCAAAACAGUGGUCAGAUGAAGUGGAAGAAGCAUAUAGAUUUCAGUUGGCUGGUUACAGAGAUGCCAUAGAAUAUCAGAAAAUACAGAAAAAAGAUAUUGACAGAUGGCCUCACAAUGGAUAUGUUAAGAAACUUCAGAGGAAAGAUGGUUGUUUUUAUUACUUUGAUAAAACACGAGAAUGUCCAGAGAAAGAUAUAAACAAAUGCAAAUUAUAUGUUUAUUGAUGUGAUAUUUACAUAUGAAUAAGCAGGAUACAUCUGUUGUAUUUAAAGACUGCCACUAUGUUCCUUGGUACUGAGCACUUUUGUUUUGUUUUUACAGUUGUUUAAUGUUUAAACUUAGAUUUGUAUGAUCUGUUUUAUUUAUUCUGUUGCACUGAUCUAUCUACAUUUUCCCUAUUUAUAUUAUUUUUACAGUCUAUCAUGCGGAAAAUGUUUGAAAAGUGUUCAGUCUAAUAUCAAUCUCAUAAUACAUGUCAGUUCAUUUUUAAUAGUGUAUAGUUUAAGAAAGUCGUGUCCAAAAUUUUGUUCAAGAUAAUGCAUUGAUGAUCAUUAACAGUGUGAGAGGGGAAUUGUAUGGUGUGUGGAUGUUAAAAGUGAUUAUAAACAGUUAUUUGGGAAGAAUAUUUUGGAUUAUUAUUAAAAGUUCGAUUAUCAA